GUAAAUACGAAUAAAUGGCAAACAGAUAGUAGUUCAGCCGCAGCGACGUCCUAAAUAAAUUGUAUAUCAUUACACACUGCUAAGAAAUUCCUGGGUGUCUGAAAUAUUCGAGCGGAAUGUCUUGCCCAUUCAAUCAGUCUGCGCUGCUAAACCACGCAGUGCUGCCACUGGACUGGCUCCUGGGAACAUGGCAGUCUGAUGAGCCUGGAGAGGGCUCUUUCCCCUCUAUCGCACCUUUUCGUUACUCUGAGACUCUCCAUUUCUCACAUGUGGGACAGCCCGUGAUCAAUUUUAUGUUUAAUGCAUUCCAUGCUGAGAGCAAAAAGCCUCUUCACAGGGAAUGUGGAUUCAUUAGGUUUCAGCCAGGCACAAACAGGGUGGCCUUCAUCAUCGCACAAAACUCAGGUCUAGUGGAGAUUGAGGAGGGGGAACUCAUUGGACAGCAGUUGACUUUGCACUGCACCACUCUGGCUAGAACAUCUUUUGCUAAGGAGCCAUUUGUUCAGCAGAUCUCCAGGCACAUCCAGCUAAAGCCGGAUGGAAGACUGGAACAGACCGUCUCCAUGGCACUGGAAGGACAGCCUCUGACACAGCAUUUGCACAUCACCUACCGCAGGACUGAUUGACCAGCUGAAAUGUGGGAGGAAGAUGUGAUAACAAAAAGCACUUGUACUAUUUAUGUCUUGUUCGAUGCAAAAUAUUGAUGGUUCCUAUAUAGCAACCUGCAGGUGAUGGAAAUGCAAUAUAUGUGUGACUUGGAAUGUUAUCUGAUGUGAUCUCUCUGGGGGGAAAAAAAUCAUUGCAAAUACUGUUACAUUAGAGAGGUCCCUUCUUGGUAUGUUUCCUGUAAUGUAGAACAACUAAAUCGGAGAAUAAAAGCCUUUUUGCAUAAUAAAUGGUUUAA